UUCUUUUCCUUUUGAACACGACCUCUUCAGCUUGCUCAUAUACAUACUCCCAAGUUAAGUAGUAUUGGAUUGCAGCUGCUCUUUAGUUCUUGCUGCGCUAUUCCUCUCCUUACAGAAGUCUAAGCAGAACCUCUACUUCUGGGUAAGAUCGGUAAGAUCAAUCCUCUUGAGUUCACAGGAGCAUACUAUUUUCAUUCCAUUUUCAUUUUACCUUUCUGCACGGAUAGCGUGUGGAACGGUCCAGCUAGGUAGUACAGUAUCAUCUUCUUCCAAAACAUUUACCAUAAUCUGGAGAGCUGAUCGUCUUCCUUCAUCCACCAUAUGCAGUCGCCAGCCAUGUCAUGCUGGGAUAGGAUUUGGGAUAAGUUUUGUGAAGAGUCACGUGAGAAGCUUGUUGAUGACAGUUGUUGGGCAGAAGUAGAGGCCAAGAGUUAUGCCCUGUUCAUGGGCUAUCUGUCCAUGGCCGUCAAAGGUCUUGGUUUCCUGGUGCUUACUUGGACCACCGUCGUUCUUCUUGGCGGUUUCAUUGACGACCUGCAAAACAAUGAUUUUUGGUGUCUUACAUUCAUCACCCUUGUGCAGACGGCUGGGUUAGUGCCUGCUUGUUACUUCUGCCUACUUUUUCUUAAUUCCUGUUUCUGAUUUGUUCAUGGUAUUCUGUAGCUCUGUAUUUUUUUCGUAAAAUAUAAUUUGUCUUGUCAAAACUUAUCUUGUCCCUAUCUAACCUGGAGGUAUAUAUGAACAACAGGAUCUUCGAUGUGCUUCUGACUGAAAAGCUGAGCUAUAUUGGAGAUGCAUUUACUAGCAUCGCGUAUGUUGAAUGCACCAGAAAGUCGGACAACAUAUGGCGAACUGUUCUGUCCAGGGUUCAUACUCUGGUCUUGGCCAUUUUCUUGUGCCCUCUGGUGGCUGUCUACAUGGGUGGGUUGGUAGUUUCGACCAUGCUUUCGGUGUGGCAUCUGAUACAACAAGAUUACCAUGCUGACGGAGUUAGAAACCUGAAGAAGGCGCUGCUUGUCUUGUAUUCCCUUGUUCUGCUCCAGGGUGUGACUUUCUGCUAUAAGCUCAUGAAUAGUUGGGCAAAGGGGUCUAUAGUGAAUGCAGUAGUCCACGAAAGAGGCUUUGAUAAGGAUUGUCGUGAUGGGAUAUCGGAUUACAUACGUGAAACAAUGAUCGGAUGUGAAAAGGACCCAUCUUCCGUUAAAGGAAGGAACCUCAUCACAUAUGCUGUGGGCCUGAUGGAGUCUAAGUCGCCUGACGACUACAUUUCCGGGGUAAGGAUCCUGGACGCUUUCGCCAAAAAACUGGAGGCAGCAGUGAAAGAGGUCGAGGGGGUAGACGAUCCGCACCAAUACACAAGGGAGAAUAUACUCAAGAAACAUCUGAUAAUGUCUGCAGCCUCUCCCGAUAUAGUCCAGAAGCUGCUGCAGACAUUGGGCCGCAUAAGCAUAUAUGACAGAGAGACGAGGGGGCAUGCCGCAAGGGUAGUGGCGAGCAUUGCUCACGACAUCCAUUUGGGGAAAUAUCCAAAGGCAAUUGGCUACAUAUCUUCCCUCCUUGACACAUACGAAGAAUACAGUAUUCUCCAACCAUAUAGGGCAGACUGGCUGUACGAGACAUAUGAACAAGAUUUCAAGCAAAUAUCCUUGCCGGUGAACCAAGAUGACAUCGUUGAGCAAGGGGACUAUGAUGUUGGCUUUGCGAAAACCUACAAGAAGCUGCUGGAGGUUGAGAGUGACCAUGACCUUCUGCAGGCCUACAAAAGGCUGGUGGAGCAAGGCUUUCGCAUCCUUCGGAAGCUCGCAGCCAACAAUGACAACUGCAGAGUCAUGUUCGGCACCCCAUAUCUGCUGCCAAAGAUUAUGGCGCCUGUGACCUCCGACCUACUCCACCACCGCAAUGAGGAUGGCCGCAUGAAGCACAUUGACAAUGCUGCAUGUUACAGCAUAGUACAAGGUUCAAUGAAGGUGAUUGCCCAGCUCACGGCUGCUACAGGGCAGAUAGGCACCAAGCUGCGUGAUGAAAUAUCAUGCAGUAUGGAAUUGAUCACAGCCAUGAGGACGAUUCUCGAGUGUAAAGAAUGCAAUGAGAUGCUGCAGAAAAUAGCUAUUUGGAUUCUCACGCACCUACACCAGGAUGAAAAUUCCAGUCCAGGGCAUGAAGGGACACAAGAAUUCAUUACGAUGUUGGUUGACAUCAUGACCCAUGAUAAAAAGUACAAGGAGGCUAGAAGGGUGGUAGCAGCUAAAGCACUGGUGGCUCUAUCAUCCGAAACCGGGAGUGCCAGGAUUAUCAUGGAGUCAAAUAACAAUCUUAUUCACAGUCUGACUAGAUUGAUUGUUGAAAAACGAAGAUGCUCACAAAUGGCAGCUGAAAUCCUUGAAAAUAUAUGCAUUCAUUGCAACGGUGAUGUUCAAAGCCUCAAAACGCUGAAGGAAGCUAUGCCCAUUGUGGUUCCAAAGCUGCUUGAAGAAAUACUUUUUUGGCCAACAGAAGACAUAUAGGAGGAACAGAAGUUAAUCGGCUGAUACCAGAACCCGGCAUAGAAAACCAAUGUGAUGAUUCCCCAGAUAAUGGCCAGGCAAACAACAACUCGUCGUCCGCACAGCAGCAAGGGUACAGCUCGUUUCGCAUGUCAUCUCAUUGUGUCACAAUAUGGGGUGCAUUGAUAAGUGCAGAUCAGGACUUGACAGAUCUAUUUACGGUAAUCCCCCUGGAGGCGGUGGAAUUAGCUUCGUAAUGAAGCUCAAAGAGAUCGUUGAAAAACAUGAGCUCCCCAGACCCGUCUGCCUGAGAAUAAGGAAGCUUGUCUGUAAGAUGGUCAUAUCUAUGAUGAAUCCCAAAGGCAGUUAUGUCAAUGAUGGGCUGACGAGCCUGAUGGCUGCACUGUCCAGUGCUUCAGAUGACAUGUUUAUUCUUGAUGGCUACAUGGUUUUCAGACCAAGGCCUUUUAGAAGUCUUGCUUCCCUCGUGGAAGAAGCGCAGGUGCUUGUGGACAGAAACAAAGAGCUUUUCCAGAGCCAAAGUCAUGCUUCAAGCUAGUGGUAGUGGAAAGGGUGGUGGCAAAAGAGCAGAUACUUGUAAACAAAGAGCUUUUCCAGGGCCAAGCCCAUGCUUCUACUAGCGGAGAGGGUGGUGGCGCGAAGGUUGCCAGCGAUCUUUUGUUCAGUUGCUCUGGUUAAUUAGCAGGCGGCUAGGGAUGGCCUGCUCGUUACUUAUGUUUCCCUUUCAGUCUAAAGGAGUGCUCUUUUCUUCUUUUCUUUUGAUGGAUAAAAAGUGUUUCUUUUGGUUGUAAACGUCUUUCCGGGUUGUGUAAAAGAGUGAAGCUUUAUAAAGCUGAGCUGUAUGCCUUAUGGGCUUUUAAAUUGAGACUUAUCAUUGUGGGAACCGUGCUUAAGCAGGAGAAA